GCGUGCAUGAUAAGGAUAAAGAAGAAGAAAAAGAAGCUCAAAGCGGCAUCCCCAAUGGCAAAAACCCCACGCGCCGACCACGACGGCCAGCCCGACAGAGGGCCGCGACGUCAUACAAUGCUCGCCGAGGCGGAGCCCAUCCAGUGCUGCACCGCGCGCCGACCGACCACGACGAGCACACGCGCAUUCCAAUCGCCUGUCGCCCAGAAGGAGGGGCUGGUUGUGGUUGGGGACGACGACGGCGAGGGGGAGCUGUCGCCAGCAGCAACAGCAGCCCUUCCUCCCACAGUGUCAGCUCCUAACCCCAUCAUCACACCGCCGUCGCCCUCAUAACAACACGUCGCGAGUCCUUGUGCUGGCCCAGUCAGCCGCCACCACCACCAAACUGACUGCUACAACCGCACUUGCUUCUUUUCACGGACCCCUGUCGCGCGUUGUGCCACCGCCGUCAUCAGCGUCUAGCGCACAACUAACAGACGGGCCAACACGACCCCCAACCGACCCCCACCCAUCCCAUCUGCAGUUUGCACUUUCGCCGGCCCGGAGCCGCGCCACAUGAGCGCACCGUCGCCCGACCCGACGUCGCCGGCAGCCGCCGCAGGGGGGCCCGGUCCUGCAUCUGGGCCCGGCCUAGUGGCCUCGCCGCCGUCAACAGCGGCGGCGACGGCGGCCCGGCCCCCCAAGCGCACCUCCAACACGUGCCUGACCUGCCGUGCACGCAAGGUCCGCUGCGACGGCCGCCGCGACGUCUGCACCAACUGCGAGCGCCUGGGUUUUGGCUGCACCUACCACGAUGCCCUGACCGCCCGUGGCUCCGCGGCCCCUGGAUCGUCUGCAGGCCUGGCCGGGCCCGAAGGCGAGUCGGCCAUGUCCGCCCUUGCCCUAGCCCUGCCACGUCGGCGCGUGCGCCUAGCCUGCGCCAACUGCCACUCGCGCAAGGCCCGCUGCAGCGGCUCGCUGCCCAAGUGCGAUCGCUGCAGGGCCAGGGGCAUCGAGUGUGUCUACCAGCCUGGCAAGCGCUCGCGGCCCCCGGGCAACUCCGCCGACUCGGCCAUGCCGGGCUACGGGGCGAGCGGCACUGCAUCGCCUACUCCUCCCGGCGCUACCACACCUCAGGCGGCGGGCAGCAGGAAUAGCAACAGCCACAACGGCCACAACAGCCACCACUACCACCAUCACAGUAGUAACCACUCAGGCGGAGACGACCGCAUGUCGGACCGCAGUCAGAGCCCGCCUUCGGACCACGCCGACGCCAACAGCAUCACCAGUCCGAGCAACUUUGGCAGCGGCCACGAGCACGCCAGCGCCGUCGCUGAGGAAGUUCUCGAGUCUAUGGCCCCGCGGGCCUUUGAGAACUUCUUCCGCCACGUCCACCACGUCGCUGUUUUCUCCUUUCUGCACCGCGCCUCGCUCAUGCAGCGCUACCAUUCCGGUUUGAUGGACCGCGGCCUGCUGCUGGCCCUAGUCGGAAUCACGUCGCUGCUGACCGAUCUGGGCCCUGGCACACGUGAGUACGGCGCCAAGUGCAUCGACGAAGCCGAGGCCUCGGUCCUGCGCGAGCUAGACAAGCCCUCGACGCUGAAACUGCAGACGCUUGUGCUCAUAAUACGCCACCGCAUUCUCCAUCGCCGCUUCCCCUCUGCCUUUAUGCUGCAUGCCAUCGCCUCCCGCUUCGCCGUGGCCCUGCGCCUCAACCACGAGAGUCCCCGCCUCUGCUUCCUCGCCCAAGAGUCGCGCCGCCGCCUGAUGUGGUCUGUUUAUAUGAUCGACACCUCCAUCGCUGCCGGCCACACCGACUUUGGGCUCUGGGAGCAGCGGCCGUCAAGCAUCCGCGUCCAGUUGCCCUGCAACGAGCGCAACUUUGACUUUGACCUGCCCGAGGUCACAGAGCCACUGGACCAACCUAGCGCCGGCCCGGGCGGCAUGGCCCCGCCGCCCAUGUCGGAAAACAUUGGCUUCCUGGCCCUGCACAUCCGGGUGCACCUCCUCCGCAGCCGCAUCCUGCAGUACACAAAGAGUAUGAUUAGCAACCCGAACCCGACUCCCGAGCAGGUCGCAUCGCUACCCGCCCGGUUUGCCGAACUCGAGUCGCAGCUGGGCGCCUUCGCCGCACGACUGCCCGUCUCUUUUGGUUGGUCCGAGGCCAACGUACGGCUGCGAGCCUACUCGCCCCGGCUGUGCGUGUUUCUCAUGACCCAUGUCAUGUGGGAGCAGUGCCACCUGGACCUAUACCGCGUCGCCGCCCACGCGGGCGUAUCGCGAGAUGCGUCGAGCGUCCUGCCGCGCGCCGUCAUGGCACAGAUCGAGGCCAGUCACCCCGGCUUUGUCGACAUCUGCCGCCGCCAGAUUUUUGAGCACGCCCGGGCCAUGGCCGACAUGUUCAGCUUGCUGCUAACCCUCGAGGGCGGCGGCGGCGUGCCCGUCGCCGAUCUGGACCUGCCACUCAGUGUGUUCCAGUGCGCGCGCAUGUUGUUCCUGUCGCUGCACACCAGCGGUGCCGACUUUGGCAUCACGGCUGAGAGCGUUACCGAGAUGGGCAACGUGUGCUUGCGGGUGCUCAAGCAGGCCAUUACUACGCCAGCUACCGUGGCAAUACGCGCCGAUCUCGAGAAGCUGCUCGAAACCGGCAUCCCCAGCGACCUCGUGUCACCACCAAACACAACCGACACAUCCGAGCCGACUGGUCUGGGCCAGCCGAUGGCCCAAGCAGCAAACCCGGGCGCAAUUUCAAACCCGUUACUUGCGCGCCAUGGCUUGGGGGCGAUGCCCGGAUACGCAACGCCCGUCACUGCGUCUCCCCGCCCAAUGCCGACGACGGGCGGCGCAGGGCUGGCGGGCUUUGCGCAUAUGUCGGCCGGCUUCGCCCCGAACCUACACAUGGCGGUCGCAUCGCCGCCUUCUUUUCUCGCGGGCACGCCUCUGGCACACCCACCUCAGCAGCAGCAGCAGCUCGACGGGCAGUCGCCGGCCGACGACUCGCAGGGGCCACCAUCGCCGCAGCGUAGCAACGCGUACCAAGAUGAAGAGUUCAACUUCAACAUCAGCCAGUACGACCCGUCCAUGCCAUGGAGCGACUUUUUUGGCGGGAGCGGCGGUGUCGAGUUUCCAACAUGAUGAAGACGGAUGAGCUAAAGAAAAGAUAUGAGGCCAUUUUCUUUAUUUCUUCUGUAUAUAACCGUAAACAUGGCUUCCAUGUACCUACGUUCGUAUAUGUGCUCUGUAGGACUCAUCUUCAGCCCAGCCAACCGCGUGAUGGAGCCGGUCAGGGCCAGCCAGUGAGGUCUCGUGCCCCCCCAAUUGGGACAA